GGGCCGCCGGUCCCUCCUCCCCGCUCCCCCGCCGCUCCCCCUUCGCUCCCUCCCGUUCCCUCCCGUUCCUCCCCGCCUCCCUGCGCAGCGCGAACAUGGCGGCGGCGGCGGCGGCGAGGGACUGAGCAGCGCCAGCGCUGGGCGGCCGCGCAGGUUUUGCUAUGCCGCAGUGUUUGUACUGACUCUGCUGUCUUGUAGGAGUGAUGGGGAACUAGAGCCCAUGACAGUUCAGUGGAGCCCUUGGCACUUUUGAUAUCUCGACAUCUUCAGUUCUGUAAGAGCAACCCAGUCCCAGGAUAAGGACAGCAGCAGGUGGUAGAAUGCGGAAACCAGGCCCUCAGAAAGCCAUAGACUGGAAAGAUGGUAAAAAGCACAAGUACAGCCGCCCGUCAGAGUCUCCCUCCCAGUACCAAGGUCACUUCACCUGGGAGAAGUACCUGAAAGAGACAUGUGCCAUCCCAGCUCCUGCCCAUUGUUUCAAGCAGUCCUACACUCCACCUGCAAACGAGUUCAAGAUCAGCAUGAAGCUGGAGGCGCAGGACCCGCGGAACACCACGUCCACGUGCAUCGCCACCGUGGUGGGGCUGACGGGCGCCCGCCUGCGCCUGCGCCUCGACGGCAGCGACAACAAGAACGACUUCUGGAGGCUGGUGGACUCUGCUGAGAUCCAGCCCAUCGGGAACUGUGAGAAGAACGGAGGGAUGCUGCAGCCUCCGCUGGGCUUCCGGCUCAAUGCCUCCUCCUGGCCCAUGUUCCUUCUGAAGACUCUGAAUGGAGCAGAGAUGGCUCCUGUCCGGAUUUUUCACAAGGAACCACCAUCUCCUUCCCAAAACUUCUUCAAGACAGGUAUGAAGCUGGAGGCAGUGGACAGGAAGAACCCUCACUUCAUCUGCCCGGCCACCAUUGGGGAGGUGAGAGGUUCUGAGGUCCUCAUAACAUUUGAUGGCUGGAGAGGUGCCUUCGAUUACUGGUGCCGAUAUGAUUCCCGGGACAUCUUUCCCGUAGGCUGGUGUUCGCUGACUGGAGAUAAUCUGCAGCCCCCUGGUACAAAAGUUGUGAUUCCAAAGAGCCCUUUACCUGCCUCCGAAGUAAACUCGGAGAAACCUAGCAUGCACAGUAGCACAAAGACUGUUUUGGGGCAUCAACAAGGGCAAAGGCGUCGCAAAACAGGGAAGAAGCGUGGUCGAACGACCAAAGCGCUAAUCCACCACCCCAUGCCUACACCCUCCAAGUCAGUGGAGCCUUUGAAAUUCCCCAGAAAGAGAGGCCCCAAGCCUGGCAGUAAGAGGAAACCUAGGACAUUGCUGAACCCAGCACCCACCUCUCCAACAACCAGUACCCCAGAGCCAGACACAAGCACUGUGCCCCAGGACGCUGCUACAAUCCCCAGCUCUGCCAUGCAGGCUCCCACAGUUUGCAUUUACUUGAACAAGAACGGCAGCACUGGGCCCCACCUAGACAAGAAGAAAGUUCAGCAACUGCCAGACCAUUUUGGACCAGCUCGAGCUUCUGUUGUCCUGCAGCAAGCAGUACAGGCCUGCAUUGAUUGCGCUUAUCAUCAGAAAACAGUCUUCUCCUUCUUAAAACAAGGCCACGGGGGAGAGGUCAUCUCAGCUGUGUUUGAUCGGGAACAGCACACUCUGAACCUGCCAGCAGUAAACAGUAUCACCUACGUCCUCCGCUUCCUGGAGAAGCUGUGCCACAAUCUGCGCAGUGACAACCUCUUUGGGAACCAGCCUUUCACUCAGAACAACCACAUGCAGCGCUCACACGAGUACGACCACGACAGGGUCGGACAGGUACCUGGGCUCCCGGGACGCCGCCCGGCUCAGCAGCCGCGACCCCUCGUCCUGGACAGUGGAGGAGGUGAUGCAGUUCAUCCGCGAGUCAGACCCGCAGCUGGGCCCCCACGCCGACCUCUUCAGAAAACACGAGAUCGACGGGAAAGCCCUGCUCCUGCUGCGGAGCGACAUGAUGAUGAAAUACAUGGGGCUGAAGCUGGGGCCAGCCCUGAAGCUCACUUACCACAUCGACAAGCUAAAGCAAGGCAAGUUCUGAGAGGACUCCUGGCAGGAUGGAUCCUGGAAGCUCCGCUCCCGGCCGUCCCCACCCGCGCUCACCUGCCACAGGUUCGCAUGCACACACCCCUCCCGCCGCAGACGGACGCUCCCGCCGCCCGGCCGGCCCCGCAGCGCCCACGAGGAGCCCGGCACAGCUGGGCCUUGCACCAGACUCGAGCUGUGGGCCUUGGAAGCGGAGGGUCUCUUCCCUGCUGCCCAGCCAGCACUUCUCCGUGAGCUCCUGCUUCCCUGGGAUGGAGCAGCGCUGUUUGCUCAGCUCCUGCCGCUCUCACCAGGAGCCCCUGGGCACUGCGCCUGCCCAGCCUCGAGGGGCUCAGUGUGCCCUCAGCCCUGGCACCCCAGCAAGCUCAGAGCAUUGACCACCCAGCCCCAUCUUCCACACCAGGGGAGCCCAUCCACCCUGCUCUGCCUGUCCCCAGCUCCUGACCCGGCUCCAGCUGGGCACACGGGGCUGGGGGUGGAGGUCUUCAUGUUUAUUCCAGACUGGGGAGGCCGUGUGGGAACAUGGAGCCAGCUGGGAGAGCUGAGGAGCGAGGCUGGGCCUGGCAUGCCCCUGGCACAGAUGGGCCUGGGCUGGUGUUGGAGGCUGCCUGGAUGCUGCAGGACUCGGCUGAUCCUUCUCGCCUUUUUUUUUUUUUUAAUUCUUUUUUGGAUUUUUUUUUUUACUAAGGAGUUGUCUGUUUCAAGCGAUGAGAUGAUUUUUCUACCUGUGUUAAACUCGCAACUCUUGGUGAUUUUCAGCCAGAGCUGCUAAAGUUUGUCUUCCCAGGGGCCCUCCCGCUCCUCUAGUUUCGGUCUGUCCCAGCUCAGUGUGUGCAAGAGAGUUUUGGGUCUGGCCAGAGCAUCCCAGGGUGGUGACCUGUCCCGGCAUCGCUCUUCCUGUGAGGGCUUUGCCCUUCCCGAGGCACCUGUUGGUCUCAGGCAGUUUAAUGUAUUUAUUUUUGAUGGCACUUGAGUGGUUCCCAUGGUCCCAGAGAUGUUUCUGCAGCUGCACGAGGACUGUCGGAGCGGAGCCACCAGCUGUGCCACCGCAGUGUCCCCUGGACAGCAGCUGCCAGCUGGGGGCUGCCUGCAGGGCAGGGGCUGCCCAGACCCCCAGCAGCACCAGCACCAGCCUGGCCUGAGCUGGGACAGGGCUGACAGGACACAGCUGACAGGACAGGGCUGACAGGACACAGCUGACAGGACAGGGCUGACAGGACAGGGCCGAUGGGGCCAGCACAAGCUGUCCCCAGUGUGUGCCCACACACACACACACACACACACACACACACACACACACACACACACACACACACACACACACUUCCUCUGCAGUGACCAAAGGGCUGGGACAGAAUCUCCACUCCAAGCACUUCCUUCUCCUGUCCUCAGCUCACCCUCUGCAUCCAGAGCCGCAGCUCACACCCUCCCCUGCAGCCUCGAGGGCCUGGCCAGCAGCAGGACAGGCCCCUGUGGUGACCAACCCUUCAGGCUCUUGCACUGAGUCAGGUUUACCCCUAAGGGGCAAAGUUGCAAAAAAUAAAAAAAAAAACCACCCCAAACCCUAAAGUAAUAAAAAGGCAAAAUGGCUUUUUGUCCUGUAGCGCUGCCGGCCCGGGGCUAGGGGCUGCUCAUGGAGCCCCUCGCUCACAGCACGGCCCGGGGGCCCGCGGCGUGACCCGGCCCCGCUGGGGUCAGCCAGUGCUUUCCUCUGCACUUAUUUUACGUUGAUUUGUUUAUAAAUAAAAGGAUACCAAGUUCCUC